CUACACCAACCACAGCAGGCAAGAUCAGUCCACCAUGGCCUCCUCCUCCUCCGCCGCGCUUCGGAUCCCCACACCAACCCACCACCCCGCCGCGGGGACCCGUCCGCCGCCGACCCGCGCCGCCUUCGUCUCCGUCCGCGCCCGCUCCCGCCGCCCCGUGGUCUCCGUCUCCGCGUCCUUGCCGAAGCAGACGCCUCCGGGAACGGAUGACGACGCCGACGGUUCCACCGGCGUGCCCGCGCCGCUGCCGCCCUCCCGCGACACCGCCAUCGCACUGCCUCGGCCGCUGACGAGCGCGGAUCUGAUGGGGGAAGCCAGCGGGCACGGCCUCAAGGUUGCAUACCAGGGGUGCCCGGGAGCCUACAGCGAGGCGGCCGCCAGGAAGGCCUACCUGGGCUGCGAGACUGUGCCAUGCGAGUACUUUGAGACCGCCUUUCAGGCUGUUGAAAAUUGUGUGGCUGAUCGCGCGGUGCUGCCGCUAGAGAAUUCACUAGGUGGCAGCAUACACCGAAACUACGACCUUCUGCUUCGCCAUAAUAAGCUGCACAUUGUCGGCGAGGUGAGGCUCGCGGUUCGCCACUGCUUGUUGGCCAACCGUGGUGUCAAGAUUGAGAACCUACGGAGCGCCAUGAGCCAUCCUCAAGCCCUUGCGCAAUGUGAGCAAACACUGACGAAGUUAGGCAUCGAGCAUAGAGAAGCUGUUGAUGAUACAGCCGGCGCGGCCAAGUAUAUUGCAGAACAAAAACUCCAAGACACUGGUGCAGUUGCUAGUUCGUUAGCUGCUCAACUUUAUGGACUUGAUAUUCUUGCAGAAAAUAUCCAGGAUGACGCGGAUAACGUAACACGUUUCAUGAUGCUGGCUAGAGAACCCAUUAUUGCUCGCACUGAUAAGCCAUUCAAGACCAGUAUAGUCUUCUCACUAGAAGAAGGGCCUGGACAACUCUUCAAGGCGCUUGCGGUAUUUGCUCUCAGAAAAAUUAAUCUCACCAAGAUGGAAAGUCGUCCACACAAGAAAAGACCUCUACGUGUAGCUGAUGAUAAUUGUUCCACGCCACUCAAGCACUUCGACUACCUUUUCUACGUCGAUUUCGAGGCGUCAAUGGCUGAUCCAAAUGCUCAGAAUGCUCUGAGUAACUUAAAGCAAGAGUUUGCUACCUUCCUACGAGUGCUUGGAAGCUAUCCUACUGAUGUUAGUGAAACAUGAAUUAUCUGGCUCAGACGAUGUGCUUCUGAGUUGGUUGUCAAUAUUUGGCUCUGGAAGAGCAGCAUUUUUUCUACGAGGAAGAGAUCCACUUGGCCAUUUUGUAACUCCACGAUUCGUUUCUGUCCACAUUAAAUCUUCCUGGGGUACGUUGUUCAUUCCAUGUUACAUUAUUUGUCCAGAUGCUCUUUAAUUUCUGCGUGAGAGAAUUUUUGACAUAUUUCCCUUUUUUUAUCUGAGGGCUCGCAAGGGCUUAUAUUAUAUAGUGCUAGAUACUUGGUGGA